UCGCCUUUCUCCGUACUUCCAUUGUCGUCGCCUUCGCUGUCGUCGUUGUCGUCGACGUUGAGCUCGUCGUUAGCGGUUGUUUGUUGAUCACAAACAUUAGAAGCAGGAACCACAACCACCGAUAUGCUCACAAGCUCACGGAUCAGUAACCUUGCCACUUCAAAAUCUCCUCCUCCUAACGGUCUUCUACCGCAAAAUAACAGCAGCAACAGCUCACAACAGCGUGACGCUUUGACUGCAUUAUACCACCAGAACAACCACAGUACACAAACAAUCUCAUCAACGCCCAACAUUCACCAUCCACAGACAAUCCAAAUCCCUAUGCUCGGCACCUUGCAGGUGCCCCAGCCCCAGCAAAAUCAGGGUGGCCAACAGCAGCAGGGUUCCAUUGGCCAGCAACAACCUCAGGGUCAGCCUGGACAGUCUCAGGGCAUCCCACCACCACCCCCGCAGAAUGGUCAGGACUUCAAUCUUUCCAGCGUCUUGCACUUUUUGCAGACAGAAUGGCGUCGUUAUGAGCGUGAUAGAAACGAGUGGGAGAUUGAGAGAGCUGAAAUGAGGGCUCGUAUAGCUCUCCUCGAGGGCGAGCGACGCUCAUUCGAAAAUGUCAAACUCGACCUUAUGCGUCGCAUAAAAAUGCUCGAGUAUGCUCUUCGUAUGGAACGCUCAAAGCAGUUAACUGCGCCCAGUGGCACCGUUCAGUCGUCAAAAUUAGCCGCGCUCCAGCAGCAAGGCGCAAAAGAUGAUACUCAGAGCCAUAAGGAUGGGAGCAGUGGCAGCUCACCACAUAGUGAUGAUUCCCCUUUGCCCUCCGAACGUGCCCCGAACGGGACCUCUGCACCUGCUGCACGACAGCCCUCGUGGCCCGGUACGAGUAUGAAUUGGAGCACAGGCCUGCCAUCCGUCGGGUCCGUUGGUAAGCCGCCACCAGGACGCGACCCGAAGAGCCGCGCACGGAGCAGAGACUACCUCAAGCAAUGUUUGCAGGAAAUCUCAUACCUCACCUCUCCGCAAGCAAUGAACCCACUCCCGAAUCGUCCGCUGAUCUCAUCAGGACUUGUGAACCCAACAGCACCAAGCCAAACCUUCGAGCCGAUCUACAAUGGUCGGCCUCGUAAACAAUUGCCAGAUUCUGGGCCUGGGGUCACAGUCAUUGGCGGACCAGGGAAUAAAGACUUCCCGAUGCUAAGUGGUGGUGUGGGUUCGAUGUCGGGCCCUGGAAGUGGGCCAGCAUCGACCGGACCAUUGGAACGGGGUAGUCCACUGAAUGUUGGUGCGGGCAUGUUCCAGCAGCAGCAACCGCAGCAGCAGCAGAUGCAGAGCCAAGAAAGGUCUCAACCACCUCAACCACCCCAGCCUCAGCAGCUUCCGCCACAGCAGGUGCCCCCGCAGACAGCACCACAGCCGCCUCCGGAGAAAGAGGGAGCGCCAACUCCGGAUACUGAGACAUCGCGCCAUUUGACGGCGAUCUUCCGUCCCGAUGAUCAGGGUGAGUGGCGAGAGAAGUUGCGGUCGUCGUAUGAGCAGCACAUGAAGAUGCAGCGGUGGCGUGAUGACGAGGAAGGCGAAGGCGAGGGUGAGGAUGUCGGAGAAGAUGAAGAUGAGGUGGAGAGUGUCGGUGUUGGAGUUGAGGAGGGCGAAGGCGACGGCGGAAAGAUAUGGAAGGCUAAGCGAACAUUAAGAAACCAUCUGGAUGCAGUGCGUGCACUUGCAUUCCACCCCACGGAACUAUGUCUUGCAACCGGUGGGGAUGACUGUACAGUGAAAAUCUGGCGCAUGGAUGUCGCGAGUCUAGCAUCUUCUGCUACUCGUCCCACUACCGAUUUCGAGCCCCAACUUACGCUGCGUGGCCACUCUGCCGCAAUAACGCGUCUCGUGCAUUCCCCUUCUAAGCAUCUCAUCUACAGCGCAUCGCUCGACUCAAGCAUCCGGAUCUGGGCGCUGCCCUCACCAUCGCACACGACAUAUGCGCCAUACGACGACACAUCCGCACGCGGCGAGCUGGUGGGACACACCGAUGCCGUCUGGGACCUUGCCCUUGUGAGGGAUGAGAAUGCGUUGGUGAGCUGCGGUGCCGAGGGCUCGAUAAAGGUGUGGGAUGUAAGCGGAGCCAUAGAAGGUCGCACGAGCUUGAGAUUGUCAUGGGGUUAUUACGGCUUAGACCAUGAAGGGGAUGAAGAGGAAGAAAAGGAGAAAGAGAAAGAUCCAGGAGCCACUGCGGUUGAGGCGAUCAAGUCUGACUUGAAAAAGGUGGCAGUGGCAUUCCAGAACGCGGUGGUAAAAGUGUUCGAUAUCGAGACUGGAAGAGAGGUGUCGAGAUUGGCGACUGAUGCCACCUAUGAUGGCACCCCUGCGACUCAGGUGAACCGCAUUGUCUCGCACCCAACGAUGUCGUUCCUAGUCACUGCCCACGAGGACAAGUUCAUCCGUAUAUUCGACAUACUGUCAGGACAAUGUACGCACACCAUGCCAGCUCAUCUUGACGGCGUAACAUCGCUGUCGAUCGACGCAGCUGGAUUCUCCCUCGUGUCUGGUUCACAUGAUUGCUCGAUCCGCUUCUGGGAUCUCCUCGGUUCGCGGACCUGCACGCAGGAGAUCACGACACAUCGGGAAAAGGCCAAAGAGGGCAUUCUCGACGUCGAGUUCCACCCUUCAUUACCCUUCAUGGCAAGUGCAGGCGCAGACGGCGUUGUCAAGCUCUACGCAUCGUCAUAGCCUGCUCACGAAACGACCGAAUAUGAUUGACCUUUUGCACUUAUGAUGUCACGCAUUAUAGAUAUCUUCAUACGUAUGCACUAAGGACGGGUCUUUAUGCUCAGUACAAAUUGGCUCUUAUUUUUUCCUUCCUGUUCUUUACCUUGUUCCUGUAUAUUCCCUUUUUGCUGUUUGCAGGUGAUCUUUAUGUUAUCGUCAUGAUCUUGGAUUU